AUGACGGGUCGCGUUGGUUCUGUGACAGCCGUGGGGCUGACGGAUACAGCUGCCCACACGGGACCGUCGGGUUAUAGCCACGCAUACGGGAAAUAUGGAAACUACGGCAACUACGGCGGCUAUGGCUAUGGCUACACCGCCUAUGGUUACGGCAUGAGCUUUGCCAAGGGCGACGAGGCCCAGACGUCCAAGCUCCUUCCCUUCCCUUGUGCUUGGUUUGCCUUCAUUGGUGUUUUGGACUCUACGCUGCAUGUCGUCGCCUGGCCAAGUUCGAAUUGCGAAGGGCCGGGGCCGUGGCAUGCGCGGCAAGGCCACCUCGCGGGUUGGAAGUCGAAGGAGGGACACCGCAAGGACAGCAAGGAUGCCAAGGAAGGAGAGAGAGAUACGCUCGAGAAGCCCGAGAAGGAGGAGGAAGCAGCGCCCCGCGUCAAGGACGAGGUCUUCGAGGCCGGCAGUGAGCUGCAGCAUCAGUUCUUCGACGCGCGCGUCAGGCAGUGGCUCGGCAUCUUCACGCGCUGCACGGCUCCGGCGGACGGCGCGCGAAGAGAGCGUUGCCCUGACGUGAAGAAUUGGCCGGCCUACUUGGUCACUCUGCUGAAGAAGUUCGAUGCAGACGCCGCGCCCCAGGCCAGGAUCCGAGCGCUCGCACGAGUGACGGAGCUACCGGCCCGUGUGAAGGACCGGCAGGAGCGACUGGAGGAGGGAAAAGAAGGGCUUUGGCUCUGCAUCCACGGCCUCUACCACUCCGGAGAAGUUGCCACCGCCACUGCCGCAGACAGGGCAGUCCUUUCAAGUGCAGAGGCUGCAGAGGUGCCAACUGCCUCGCCGAGGUCUGGUCAAGAGGCUUCUGUGGUAGAGGCGAGGUCGCAACCAGUGGCGACGCGGCGUCGAUGUAUGGGUGGGGAGGAGACUCUCGCCAACUUGGCCUUCCUGGAGAGCGAUGACCUCAGAAUUCAGAAUCCAUUCUUCGAAUUUGCCUCGAUGGGAGACCGGCUCCGUACUGCUGCACACAGCUCCAAAAAGUCGAAGCGCAUUGUGGUUAGCUGCACAGGCGACUCAGAAGACGAAGAAGGUGACGAGGCCAGAGCCAAAUGGACAAGUGUUCCGAAGUCGAGCGAAAGCCGUCAGUUCUUUCCACCGCCACCUGCGCAGUCAAGCCUCGAAAUCCUCGAAGCACCAGGCUUGGAGCAGGGUUUUGGUGGCGAAGUCACUGAGCUGGCGACUUCAAACGGCCGGAAUGCGGAGCUGGAGCUGGGUCAGAGUCGCCAGCUGGGCCAGCUGGGUCGGCUUGGACAUCCAGGGCCAGGGCCCCGAGCGGCGCAGGCUGGGCCCAAUGGGCCCAAUCCCCAUGCCGCCCCCAAUGCCCUUCCAGCGGGCACGGUGGGCACUGGGCCAGCAAGCCUUUCCGUAAACGGGUUGCCUCCAGCUCAUCCCUUUGCCUACCCCUUUGAGGGGCCCAAGACCAAGACAGUGCCGGGAAACAUAGGCUUCGGGCUUCAGACCACCCCGACGCCAAUGCCGGCAACGGCGGGUGAGCGCUUGGGGCAGUUGGGGGCGAUGAGCUCUUUGAGCUCAAGGCACGAGUCCAUGCCGCAGCACGGCUGCACGUGUGCCUCGAAAGCUUUCUGGCGAGAGGCUUGGCAGCGCAUCCCUGCCUUGGAGUGCCGAGUGCUGAAAGAUCUUCAUUGGCCUCCGCCGGCCUCCGCUUUGUGCGCGCGAUUCUUUCGCUGA